AUGCUCAGAAAGAUCCACUCGCUCUUCAACUCCAGCCCGCAGAGGAAGGCGGCGGCUGAGGGGCCCUGCUACGACGGCACCAGCCCCGCCGUGAGGCUCAUCCGAAGCAGCUCCAUGUAUGUGGUCGGGGACCACGGGGAGAAAUUCAGCGAGUCGUUAAAGAAAUACAAAAGCACCAGCAGCGUGGACACGAGCCUGUAUUGCCUGCAGCAGGAGGAGGACCGCGCGUGGAUGCCCUCGGGCACCCAGGCCUGCCUGCAGUACCUGCAGGAGCUGCUGGCGUUGCGUAAGAAGUACCUCAGCAGCCUCGGCGACCUGAAGCCCCACCGCGCCCAGGGUCUCUCCUCACCCUCCUCCAAGCCCUCCACGGGAGGUAAGAAGGCCUUCGCCCAGUCAGCCGCCAAAGACUUGAAGAAAGCACCGUCAAAGAAAUACUCACAGUUCAGUGCCGAUGUGGCGGAGGCCAUUGCCUUCUUUGACUCCAUCAUUGCAGAGCUGGAUACAGAGAGACGGCCCCGGGCUGCGGAGGCUGAACCCCCAAAUGAAGAUGUGGACUUCGAUGUGGCCACCAGCUCCCGGGAGCACAGCUUGCAUUCCAACUGGAUCCUGCGUGCGCCCCGCAGGCACUCUGAGGACGUAGCUGUGCGUGCCGGGUACUGCACGGACGGUCAGCGGCGCAGGAGUGCUGAGCGUAGGGCCAUCGGCACUCAGAGGAGACUGGAGAGGCACCCUAUUUACUUGCCCAAGGCUGUGGAAGGGGCAUUCAGCACCUUGAAGUUUAAGCCCAAGGCCUGCACCAAAGACCUGGGGAGCUCCAGACGGAUCCUGUUCAAUCUCUCGGGAGAAGACAUGGAGUGGGACGCAGAGCUGUUUGCCCUGGAGCCCACGGCAUCGCCGGGAAAUGACUACCAGGAGACAGAAAACCCCAGGGGACAGUGGCUGCUUCGAGAAAGACUCUGGGAGCGGACAGUACCCUGA